UUUCCAAAAUCUCGUGAAAAGAGGUUAAUUGUGGUUAACCGACCACCAGCCAAUAUAAUCAUAGCCAUUUGCCAACUAAAAGACUUGAAGCUUUUAGCCGUUUCUUUUUUUUCUUCAGACCAUCCCAAACCCAGAACCAAAACCAAUGCUACCCAAAUAACAAGAAAAAAAAAAAAUGAAAAACGCGUUUCUUUUUUGUUUUUAUUUUCCUUUUUACGUAAUUUGAAGCAAAUCAAAGACAACAUCGGACGACAAAGAACAAGAACAAGACAAGAAGAGAAAGGAAAGAAAGAAACAAGAUUAGGAGAGAAAUGGGAGCUUACAGGGCGGAUGAUGACUACGAUUACUUGUUUAAGGUUGUCCUGAUCGGUGACUCUGGUGUUGGAAAAUCCAACCUUUUGUCUAGAUUUACAAGAAACGAGUUUAGCCUUGAAUCUAAGUCUACUAUUGGGGUUGAGUUUGCCACCCGUAGCAUUCAUGUUGAUGAUAAGGUUGUUAAAGCUCAGAUUUGGGACACUGCUGGACAGGAAAGAUAUCGUGCAAUAACCAGUGCGUAUUACCGUGGUGCUGUUGGUGCUUUACUAGUCUACGAUGUCACCCGUCAUGUUACGUUUGAAAAUGUAGAAAGGUGGUUGAAGGAACUUAGAGAUCACACCGAUGCCAACAUUGUGAUUAUGCUAGUUGGGAACAAGGCAGACCUGCGUCACUUGCGAGCAGUUUCCACUGAAGAUGCCAAAGCUUUUGCUGAACGAGAGAACACCUUUUUCAUGGAAACAUCUGCAUUGGAGUCUCUGAAUGUUGAGAAUGCCUUCACGGAAGUUCUGACCCAGAUUUAUCAUGUUGUAAGCAGGAAAGCUCUUGAUAUUGGUGAUGACCCAGCAGCUUUGCCCAAAGGCCAGACGAUCAGUGUUGGAUCUAAAGACGAUGUAUCAGCCGUUAAGCAAGUUGGAUGUUGUUCAGCUUAAUCCUGGAGGAAUCUAAAGAUAUUUUUCUUUGAAAUUUAUGCCUUUGUUCAUAGCUACAUAGAAGUUUCCCUGACAGCACAAAAAGGCGAACAUCAACAAUGUAUUAACCAGUUGACUUUGUGCUUUGGAUCAUGCUAAACACAACUCAUCUAUGUUAGCUUGAACUCAAGGACUAGAGAUUAAUGGUUUUGUGUUGUUUUUCUUUGUUAAUUUCAAACAUUUUGCUUUUGUUUCCCUCUUUGUUCAUUGGUUUAAGUGCUAAACCAUCUUAGUUUUAUAUGAAGUUCAGUUUGUUUC